UUCUCUUUCUCGGCGAUUUAUGGUAAACAUACUAUUCAACGCCGUCGUCAAUUGUGGGACCACCUUCGUUUCAUUAACUCUAUCAAUGUCGGUCCUUGGUUGUGGGGAGGGGAUUUCAAUACCAUUUCUUCCAUUGAGGAUCGUAUUUGGAGGUGCCCCUCCUCAACCCCUAGCUAUGGAAGAAUUCAAUGCUUGUAUCAAUGACUGCCACAUGGCCCCUGUCAGCACAUCGGGCCAUAAAUAUAUGUGGUGCAAUAACUUUGAGAGUAGGCCACACACUUGGCAAACUCUUGACAGAUUCUUCCAAUCCUCGGAUCUGUUGAUCUCGGGGAACCUGUCUGCCCAUGCUCUCCAUAGAUCUUUCUCUGAUCACUCUCCUAUCAUUCUUUCUUGGAGUAAUCAAUCUUAUGAUGGUCCUAGGCUUUGGAGAUUUCAGAGAAUGUGGACUCGUCAUGAAUCUUUCAAAGCUCAGGUUCUCCAUAUUUGGCAGCGUCCUCGGUCUCAUCCUCCCAUCAUUGAUAUUUGCAUGAAACUCAAGUCCCUCCGAUAUGCCCUUAAACAAUGGAAUUCCACCAUUUUUGGCAAUAUCUUCACUCAAAAGAAGGAUCUUGAAAACGACAUUCUUCGCAUUGAAUCCUCCCUUCAGGCUCAAUGGGACCCCUCCUCUCAUUAUGAGCUGCAGUCUACUAAAUCUAAAUGGCACGAAAUUGUUAUCCGGGAGGAAAUUUUCUGGAAACAAAAAUCGCGUAUUAGAUGGCUUAAGGAAGGAGACUCUAAUUCCAAAUUUUUCCAUGGUAUGGUUCGGAGUAAUAAGAGUCUGUUUCAGCUCUCUUCUCUUAAGGGCCUGAAUGGGGAUUCUUUCCAUGGUCCCGCUGCUAUUCAUCAGGCGGCUAUUAACCAUCUAUCAAACCUCCUGUCCUCUGAGCCUCAUUGUGUGCGAGAAGAAUUGUUGAGCCUGAUCCCACCUUCGAUUCAGGAUGACACUAAUGCUUUCCUCACUGCUCCUUUUUCCAUCGACAAAUUAGCUAGUGCUGCCGCCUCCAUUCCAGCAGAUAGCGCUGCUGGAAUUGAUGGAUUCUCCUCUUCUGUCUUCACUUCCCAAUGGAGUAUCGUCGGUAAUUCUAUCCUUGAAGCUGUGAAUGAUUUUCUUCUUCACAAAAAACUUCCGGCUAGCCUUACCCACACUAUCCUCGUGCUUAUUCCUAAAAAAACAGCAAAUGAACUCCCUUAAUGAUUUCCGGCCCAUUAGCCUUUGUACUUCUUUGUACAAAAUUUUUGCUAAGGCUUUAUGUGCUAGAUUAGCCACGAUCCUUCCUACCAUCAUAUCGUCUAAUCAAGGUGCUUUUGUCAAAGGCCGGAACAUUACAGACAAUAUCGGCUUGACAAAAGAA